ACCGUGUCUCUGCACUCGGUCCCGCUCCGUCAUGCAAAGGACGGUCAAUAGGCUGUCGAAGUAAACACGGUUCAGGUCCACUUGCUCCAAAGUUCAGUUAAUCCGGCGACAUGGACUACAGGCGAUGCUUCUUGCCGUUGAACGCGGUCACACUCUCGAUUCUAUGCGUUCUGGUGGCAUCUCCAGCUAGCAGGCCGUCGAACAUCUGGUCCCCGACUCCCCGGUGUCCUAUCUUUGAUUUCUCUGACCCGGUGGGCGUGCGUCAAUUGGCAAAAAGAGCUGAUGUCCUCAGAAAUGCGUGUCCGAUGAACGCCCAAAACACAUUGGGCGCAUACAAUCAUGAUGCCCUCGGCUUGGGCGGAGAGUUUCACGGAUUUGAGCUGCGGGUACCUGACUGUAGUCUCUGCUGGAGGUAUUGCACAUUGGGUCGCAUCACAAGUACUCGUCCAAAGGAGCAAACUAAACUUGGUGAUUGUGGCCGAUUGCAUAGGACUGCAUAGGACUGGUCCGAUGGAACGGCAAGCCGAAAUGAAUCCUGAAUUGAGUUUUGUGCGCUGGAUGCUCUAUAGCUAAGGUGCUCUAGAGCCUCUGCGGGAUUCGUGCCCACAAGGCUUCGAAUGGCUUCGACUGCUAACUGGUCCCGACCAAAUGAGUCUGGACCCGGUUGUCAGGAACUAUAUGUGUGUUAUAGCUACCAUUACCAUGAGAGUGCCUAUUCUCUGUCCUUCUGAAAGGCUAACUCAGGAUAGGUCAGCACAUUCAAAUGUCGAUCCUAGCGGACCCUUGCAAGUUGGUAUUUCCCAGAGUUACAGGGUGGUACUUAAUUUAUGUUCGAGAGCACCAGGUUACAAUCAAUAGCACGUA